CGGAAGCCAUCGGGGCCCGUCCUCAGCCGCCGCUCGGAGGCACGCGGGGCUGCAGCGGGAAGGAGCGGCGCCGGAGGGAGCGCAGCGCGGGCGGUGAUGGCUGAGCCGAGGAGCUGGUGAAGCUCACAUGAAAUAUCCUGUAGCAACUUCUACUGAUCAGUGUAGCCCAGGUGAAAUAACCAUGUCCUAAGAUGGCAGUAAAUGUGGAGUAUGAACCAGCCUACAGAACAAUCUUUUUACCAAAGCAAUAAAGGAAUGGUGCACAAUGUGACUACAGAAUGCUCUUUCCAGGGAAGUGAACUGUGAAGGAAGGACUCAUGAGUUUUGCUCACGGGGGCUUGGACAGCAUCCCUGAUGUCUGCUCCAAUGAGGACCUUCCUGAGGUAGAGUUGGUGAGCAUGCUGGAGGAACAGUUGCCAGAUUACAAGUUACGAGUAGACUCUCUGUAUCUGUAUGAAAAUAAAGACUGGAUUCAGUCCAGCCCUUGCCAUGGCCGCCUUCCAGAAAUCACUUCUCCAACUCGUGAUGAGGAGUCCUUCCGUUACAUGACUCUUAUUGAACUUCCUUCCUCCUCCUUGGAUGGAUCUCACAAGUUUGCACAAGUUCUUGGCACAGGUAAUGCAGAGCAGAAGUCCUACAGUGACUCUGACAUGGUCAAACGUCUGUUAGCUGAGAAAGAUCGAGACCUGGAACUGGCAGCUCGAAUUGGACAAGCCCUCCUUAAGCGAAACCAUUUGUUGAUGGAACAGAAUGAAGCCCUAGAAGAACAGUUAGGACAAACUCUAGACAGAGUUAACCAGCUGCAGCAUGAGCUGUCAAAGAAGGACGACCUGCUGCGUAUUGUUUCAAUUGCUUCUGAGGAGAGCGAAACGGAUUCCAGCUGUUCCACCCCGCUCCGUUUCAACGAGUCUUUCGCGGUACCGCACGACCCGUUGCAGCUGGAUGUCUUGCAGGAUAAACUCCGAGAGCUGGAAGAGGAGAACCUUGCUCUUCGGUCGAAGGCUUGCCACCUGAAGACAGAAACCAUCACGUAUGAAGAGAAGGAACAGCAGCUGGUCAAUGACUGUGUCAAAGAACUCCGGCAAACAAAUGCUCACAUUUCCAGGAUAACAGAGGAGUUGUCAGAGAAGAGUGAGGAGGUGGUUCGCUACCAGGAAGAGAUCUCAUCCCUCUUGUCUCAGAUUGUAGAUCUUCAGCAUAAACUCAAAGAAAAUGUGAUUGAGAAGGAGGAGCUGAAACUUCACUUACAAGCCUCCAAAGAUGCUCAGAGACAACUGACAGCAGAGCUCCAUGAGUUGCAGGAUCGGAAUGCAGAGUGUCUGGGGAUGCUGCAUGAGUCCCAAGAAGAAGUGAAGCUGCUGCGCAGCAGAGCCAGCUCUGCUGCCUGUCUCUGCCACCGGCAGCCAUGUGGAGCAUUUCCUGUGGAUUCCCUUGCAGCAGAAAUUGAAGGGACAAUGCGGAAGGAGUUGAGUCAGGCUGAUGAAUCUGUUCUCUCCAAGCAAAAGGAUCAACAGAAACGAGUAUUUGACACUGUAAAGACUGCCAAUGUCAUUCGUGGCCGCUUCUCUUCCUUUCCUGCUCCAUUGCCAAUCCCUGGAUCUAAUCGGUCAAGUGCUGUUAUGACAGCAAAACCCUUCCAGUCUGGUGUGCACCAGUUGGAGAGCCACACACGGAUGGCCAUGGGGAACAGCUCUGAGAAGAAUUUGAAAGACACUCACAUUCCUGGCCAGCCGGGAAGCCCUGGAGACAAUGACUUGGUCACAGCUCUGCACAGGCUCUCCCUCCGUCGUCAGAACUACCUGAGUGAGAAGCAGUUCUUUGAGGAGGAGUGGGACCGAAAACUGAAUUUGUUGGCUGAGCAGAAAGAGGAGGCCAGUGGCUUCAGUACACCGACAGAAAACUCUUUUUCCUCGGGUACAAACUCAGAAUUCACUGAUCUCUCUGCCAGCUGUAGUAAUCUCCGUGUCCUCCUACCAGAGAAAUUGCAAAUUGUCAAACCCAUUGAAGGAUCUCAGACCCUUUUUCAUUGGCAGCAGCUUGCUCGACCCAACCUAGGCACCAUUCUUGACCCAAGACCAGGUGUUGUUACUAAAGGCUUUACCCCUCUGUCUGAUGACACUGUGCACCACAUAUCUGACCUGGAGGAGGAUGAUGAGGAAGAAAGUGAAGGAGGCAUAACAUUUCAAGCACAACAGUCCUUCCCAGAGGAAAAGAAAUGUACACUGGCAAAGCCAGUGUCAGGGAUUUUCCUGCCACCUAUUACUUCAGCAGCAGUACCACUCACCGCCUCAAAUCCAGGGAAGUGUCUGUCUUCAACAAAUUCCACAUUUACCUUUACUACCUGUAGGAUUCUUCACCCAUCUGAUGUCACUCAAGUUACUCCCAGCUCCAUGGGUGCUCCGUUUUCACUGGGAAAUUCCAGCAGUACUGGAAACUCAGUAGUGAGUACUCCAGCCAUUCCUUACAGACUUAGUAUCGGAGAAUUUCUCACCAACAGAAGAGACUCAACUACUACUUUCAGCAGCACAAGCAGUCUGGCCAAACUUUUGCAAGAACGAGGCAUCUCUGCCAAGGUUUACGACAGCCCCAUAUUGGAAAAACUGCCUUUGCUACAACCCCCUCGAACUCUUCCCAUUCCUUCUACUCCACCAAAUUCUCCAUCGCGUUCACCUUGUCCUUCCCCUCCACUGUUUGAGCCUCGAGUGCAUCACUCUGAAAAUUUCCUGGCUUCUCGACCAGCAGAAACAUUCUUGCAGGAAAUGUAUGGCCUCAAGCCCUCCCGUAACGCUCCAGACAUAGGGCAGCUGAAGAUGAACCUGGUGGACAGACUGAAGAGGCUGGGCAUUGCCAGGGUGAUCAAGCCCCCUGAAACACAGGACCAUGGGAAAAAUCAAGGGCCAGAGGUUGGCUUGAGGAGGCAGGACUCAGCUGGGCUUUUAAAUGCAGGUAGCAACUUAAUGGUAGGACUGAGAAGAAACCAGAGUCUUCCAGCCAUGAUUGGAGCACUGGGAGCUCCAGCUUGCACACAGUCAUCGAAAAUGGGUGUCCUAAAAGAAGACUAACUGGCUUGAAAAAUGUUUGAGUUAGAGCAUAGUAAAAAAUAUGAGGGAUGACAUCCAGUGUAGGCAUCACUAGGUAUGUUACAGAAGAGUUGGAGAAGGCACGUGCACGUUAGAGAUGUGGGAGGGACAAGUGUUGGGAUCAAGGAGCAAAAGAACAUUGCUUGGGUUUGAGGAAGAAGGCUUUUGUGGGAGAAAAGAAAGAGGAAACCAAAGCUUAAUUUUGAGACCCCCUUCAGCAUCUGUCUUAACUUAAGCAAAAGUAAAAGACUAUUUUAGACAUUCUCAGUGUUUUAACCCUUUAAACUGUAUGUGUAGGACUGUCUUGCAGGUGUCCUACUUUUUUCCAGCAUAUGACCAUAGUAUUUUACUAGUCGUUAGCAGUCAGGCUAUAUCAUUUAAAUAUAUUAUUAAAAUAACAGUCAGUCUGACCAGUAUUACUGAUCCAAAUUCCUCUCUGUAGCAAACAAAUUCGAAAACUUUUUUUUAUUCUUGUAUUUUCCAUUUCAGAAACUGUGCUCUUUUGAACUCCUCCCCACUUUGAGAAGCAGGGGAGGGAAUAUGUAGCUCUGUGUUAGAAAACAAUACUUCAGUAUACAAACACAGAAACUGGUGGUCAGGAUUUAUAUUUUGAAAUAGUGCAAUUGUGCUAGUGAGGUAUUAACAGAAGUUAAUUUUUUCCCACAGCUUCAGAACGAAGCACACAGAGGAAUGUGCAAUGAAUAAGAAUUAAGAAGCAGGAAAGUAUGUAUUGGGGAAAACUUCAAGCUAAGAAAUCUUUCCAAAGUGUAGUGUGCAUCUGUUUAAAUGAGGAUAUUUUUGCACACACACAGACACACACACGUAUCUCAGGCACAUUUCAGUGUUGCAAAAGGAAAUAAACCCUUGGUGCUUGAUUCAGGGUUUCUUUUUAUUUGGCAUAUGUGAAGAGCAUUUACUUCAAGAAAAGUGUUGGAAGUUCAGUAGCCUGCCUCUUCUCUUGACAGGUAGACAUUCUGUACAUUUGGGAGUUCUGCAGUAAACUUUAUGCCUUUCAUUCACUUAUUUCUGAUUUUAGGCAGGAUUUAUUUCAAAGAUUUCAUUAAGAGCAGAAUUUACCAGUCUGUAUUUAGAAACAGGAAGAAAAAAUCUGGUGUUCUUUGAGGCAUUUUAAUGAACAUUGUAAUCCAGUGUUUUGAUCGAUGGAGUGUGGUUCUGAACAUAACUGAGGCAGACUUUCCAACUCAGAAGAGAACUCCAUUUUAGAAAUCUGUUUUCUGAGUGGUAAUCAUCAAAAUACUACUGCCCAUGCUGCUUUUUUGCUUCCUUCCUGUCAAAGGUUCUAGUCAUAACCGAACAAUCCAUAGUAGAUUUAUUGUGUAACUUAAAGAAGAAGAAGUUUGCCCAAAACUGCUUGGAGGAAUGGGUCUUUGCUAGUGACCUGAAGGGAAACAGGUUCUUAGUCUUCAUGUAAAUUUUCACUGUACCUGUCAACAUUAUAAAGUUAUUUUAGUUUCCAUACAGUUAGAUAAAACAGUUAAGUUUACCUUGCCUGUAUGCAGAUGUGGGGCAUCGCUGGGAGCUGUUGGGUGUGUGGUGUGAAGAAUCAGUGCAGUUACACUGACUGGCAUUUGCUGUAAGGCACAUCCACUGUAAUCAGCACCCUUGUUGCUGCAGGGUUGAGUGGAGUAGGGCAGGAAAAGAAAGCUUCUUAACUUUGUUUAUAGGAAAUUUGUAACGUGGCCUUUCUGCUUUUACAGUUCCAUAGAUCUUGUGAUGACUCUUUGAUAAAAGUUUUUGGGGUUUUUUUGUAAAAGGAAAAGGAGUAACCACUUCAAACUUGCACAGGGAUUCUGAGCAGAAACUUGUCUGUCAGCAGCGCACAGAAAUAUUCAGGAACUCCUGGAGUUGCCUUUUGCUCUUUAAGCAAAAUCUUACACUUAUAAAAGGUGAAUUUUAUUUAAAAGACUGUAUACGGGUUCAUUUUGUUUUUUAAAUGAAAAAUAUUUAAUUUUUUCCUGUAAGUAUUUAUGUUUGUCUGUACUUAGCCAUGUCUUGCCGAGCUACAUAAGGUGAGAGUGAAAGGAGGGGGUGCUGUUUUAGUCUCCAGUGAACUGAGACAAGUUCUGCUAUGUAUCUGGAACUUGCAGGGAAAUGACGAGUUGAUGAAAGAUUAGACAGUUUGGUGUCAACAGAGAAGUGUGUAGCCUGUCAAAGUAUGUCCAUUUUGUGUGUUUAGUGUAGGAAUACAUGUAAGUUACAGGAGGUAUUAACACUGUGUUUCUAACUGGCUUCAUUAGCUAACUCCAGCCAUUGGAUCAUUCUGUGUGUUAGCAGAGUAGCUAAUCAGCUAAAGCAGAAUUCCUCUAAUCUAAAAGCAUAUAAAUUAAAUGCAUGUUUCUCUUUGGGACACUUCCAUAUUCCAUAGCCCAACAAUAUAGAGUGGUUCAGUUCAAACAAUGCUAUGGAUGUCGAGAGGUUGGUUGGCUUGUUUUCUGUAGAAUGAGGUUUAUCAUCGGAUGCUUUUACAUAAGGCAAAAAGAAAAUGGAAGAGCCUGUGUUCCAUUGUGUUUGUGUGUUUAUCCAGUUGGUCAAUGCUGUGGUGCAUUUGUUGAAAUUCUGUCAUGCAUUUAUACCUUCGGAUGGUCAUGGAUUACAUUUUGUAAUACAUCCCUAACUUGCAGCAACAGGGAAAAUUCAUACUUCUUCUAAGUUUACUAUUUUGUGCCAAAACCUAGAAGAUAAACUUUUUUCUAAUAACAUGUGUUUCUGAAAACAUUUUAGAAGUCGCCAUCAUUCUAGGACCUGAUUUGGCUUCUGUUGUCUCUUGUAAGAGAGGUGAAAAACUUGCAUGACUGAAAUAGCUAAGAUCCUGCACCAGAACUUUUUUUUGAGUGGGAGGUAAACCUAGAAGGAAUGGAGAAUUGCAUUUCAGCAAGGUUCUGUUAUCUUGCAGGUUUGAGUCAAAAACAGAUGCUAGAAAGGACUUACCUAUGCUUGUGAAAGUCACAAGAGACAGAAGGAAAUUCUUGUUGUAUUUACCUGUAUUCCAACUGUCUUAAACAAAGCACAAACUUAAAGCUUUCUAGUUUCACUGUUUGUUUUUGAAAAACUCAGUGAUCCCUGCAUGCUCAAAAUGCCUCUGGUCAAAGUUAAAUGUCUGCUGCAGUCAAACAGCAGCAGAGAAGGAAGGAGAAUAAUUGGGUUUGGGCUUCAUUUGGCUGUUACAUGAGGGGAUUAUACACAAUGUUUAACAGUCUGGGAUUUUCAUGGUAUUUUUUUCAUCUGCUUUUUUGCACUUACUGUUGUUUCAUAGUGGAAUGUAAAUUUGAUAAUAAACAUGUAUAACAUGCCAUUUUCCAGUA